AUGCUUCGGCGCCGUCCUGGCGACGGACGGCGGUCCGCUCAUCGUUCCUUAUUAUUCGCCUUCGCCAUCAUUCUGAUCCCUUGGCUUCAGCUCGGCGAAGCUCAGCAGCAGCAAAAACAGCCCCCCGCCGUCCACUCCGGCUCGCCGCACGCGAACCAUGAUCUACACAACGACAGAAUAUCGGCCGACGAUGCCACCUACUGGGCUGCUUCGUCCAUCGAUGCCGUAACCAGUCAGCCGAGCAAGGCCACACGCGCUGCCACCAAGCCCCGCAACACGCCCCAAAGCUCCAGCCGACAGCACCAAAAAUACCAAAAACGUCACAUACCCGACGAUGAGAGCGCCCUUGCAACUUUGGCUCCGGCACAGCCCGUCCGAGCACCAAACCCCAGCGAUCUUCGGCCUCGUAGCAUUCCAGCUACUGGGCUGACAGCGCCGCAGAAUGCGCGGAACCUGGAGGAUUGGGAAGUCGAAGACUUUGUUCUUCUGGCGACCGUCGAUGGAGAUCUAUACGCCAGCGACCGCAACACUGGUAAACAGCGCUGGCACCUUGAAGUUGACCUACCUAUGGUCGAGACGAAACAUUACCGCCUCAAUAACUCUAUCCUUGACGAGGACUACAGUCCGGUCGAUCAUUACCUCUGGGUCGUUGAGCCCAAUUCCAACGGUGGAAUCUUCAUUUGGCGUCCCGACCCCGAGGCGGGCCUUGUCAAGACGGGCUUCACCAUGAAGAGCCUUGUUGAGCAACUCUCCCCGUACGAGGAUGUCGAAGGCGCAAUCGUCUAUACAGGUGACAAAAAGACUACUAUGGUUACUCUGGACGCGGCCACUGGCCGAGUCCUCAAGUGGUUCGGCUCUAGUGGCUCCCACGUCAAUACUGACGACUUUUGCCGUCAAGCCAACACCUUUGACGAUCGUGAUAAUGAAGAGUGCCUUACCACUGGAACCAUCACCUUGGGGAGGACUGAGUACACUGUCGGCAUUCAAGGCUCCGACGGUCGUCCCAUUGCCACCUUGAAAUACUCUGAAUGGGGCCCAAACACCUUCGACAGCGAUCUUUACCUCCAGUAUCACAGCUCCCUCGAUAACCGGUAUAUCACAAGCCAGCAUAACGGCAAAGUUUACGCAUUUGACCAGUCCCAGAAAGACAAGACAACCCCUCUCUUUUCCAACAAGUUUGCCGCUCCCGUCGCCAGUGUCUUUGACGUCUGCCGACCCUGGGAUGCUGUUACUGGCAGCAACCCGCAGCUUGUUGUUCUCCCCCAGCCACCGAUGCCAGCUCGCGACAAGAAUGAGAAACAAAUGCGUCUCAACAGCAUUUUUGUGAAUCAGACCGACUCAGGCAGCUGGUAUGCCAUGUCUGGACAGGCCUAUCCAUUGAUCAUCAGCGCGCCGAUCGCUCAGAUUGCAAGCCCGGAUUGGUGGGAAAUGCUGCCGUCGUCAGACACCAUCAGCCAGUCUCGCAUCAGCAAGGCUCUCGUCGGUACCCAUUUCCUAGAGUCUAUCCGCGGCGACAACAAUCAGUUCCGAAGCCUGCCUGGAAAGUCAACAGAAGACGUAUUUGAACCACCGGAAACCAAGCCUGCAUCCGGAAACGACGCAGCAAUCGCUAUAGAGGAGCCAGCAAUUAUUACCAAGGUCAAAGCUCUCCCCCAAAGUGCUGCAAAUACUGUUUACGACUUCGUCAGCAACCCAAUUGUUCUCAUCCUCUUUUUUGCUACCAUCGCCUACAAUCAGAAGAAGCUUCGUCGGUCCUACCAUAGACUUCGGUCCAGGGGUCUUCAGAAGGGAUUGGCUCAAGAAAUUCAGACGCUGCUCUUUUCCGACACCCUUCCCGAAGAGCAACAGAACCGCGGCAUUAAGGAACCGGAAAGUAAGCCUCCCGAAUCGGCUCAGGACUCGGAGACCGAAAAAGGGGAUGAUACGGGCGCGGCUCCUACCCCUAGUAAGCUGCAAGACAAAGACAUAGACUCGCCAGAUGGACAACCAACAGCCAAGACUGAAGAUGGCGAGAAGGACAAGGCUGCUGGCGAGGAGGAGAAGGCUUCUAGCGAGGAUGCAGGUGGAGAUGCCCCUGAAACUCCGGUAAAGAACAAGAAGAAGUCUCAUCGGGGUCGACGUGGUGGAGUCAAGCACCGACCCAAGAAACAGCGCGAGAACUCCCUCUCCCGAGAUGAUGAGCCGGCUGCCUCAACAGUUGAGGAAGCUGUUGAGAAUGCGAAGCGCCUUGGAGACAGGCCGAGCCUUCAACCUGAUGUUAUGACUGUCCACAAUGAUAUGAGCGCCAUCACCGGCCCGAUCAUGCGAAUGGGCAACAUCGAAGUCAACACCGAAAUUCAGCUGGGAACGGGUAGCAACGGCACACUCGUCUUUGCUGGACGCUUCGACGGUCGUGAAGUUGCGGUGAAGCGCAUGUUGAUCCAAUUCUAUGACAUCGCCUCCCAGGAAACGAGACUUUUGCGCGAGAGUGACGAUCACCCCAAUGUCAUCCGAUACUAUUCGCAGCAGGAACAGGGGGGUUUCUUGUAUAUUGCGCUGGAGCGAUGCGCAGCAUCUCUGGCAGAUGUUGUGGAGAGACCACAUGUCCACCGAGAGCUGGCCACUGCCGGCAAGAUGGAUCUUCCUGCCGUUUUGUACCAAAUUACGAAUGGUAUCAGCCACCUGCACAACCUUCGCAUCGUCCAUCGCGACUUGAAGCCUCAGAAUAUCCUCGUCAACAUGGACAAGGGUGGCAAGCCCAGGCUGUUAGUCUCCGACUUUGGUCUAUGCAAGAAGCUUGAGGGAGGGCAGUCAUCUUUUGGGGCCACUACUGGCCGCGCGGCUGGAACUUCGGGCUGGCGUGCACCAGAGCUCCUGCUAGACGACGACGCACGCGAGAUUUCCAUGGUGGAUGCUAGCACGCAUAGCGGCUCUGGCUCGGUGCUUGUGAAUGAGGGCCUCAUGCCUGGCAGCCGUCGAGCGACGCGUGCUAUCGAUAUCUUCUCGCUUGGACUCGUGUUCUUUUACGUGUUGACGAACGGUUCUCAUCCAUUCGACUGCGGUGACAGGUACAUGCGGGAGGUUAACAUCCGAAAAGGCGAAUAUAACUUGCAGCUGCUCGAUUCGCUUGGCGAUUUUGCCGCUGAGGCCAAGGAUUUGAUUGCUUCCAUGUUGGAUGCGGACCCCAGGAGCCGCCCCCUCGCUCGCGACGUCAUGGCACAUCCCUUCUUCUGGUCAGCGAAGAAGCGGCUGGCGUUUUUGUGUGAUGUAUCGGAUCACUUUGAAAAGGAGCCACGAGACCCGCCCUCUCCGGCCCUUCAGGAGCUGGAACGUCACGCACCCGAGGUUCUACGAGGCGACUUCCUCAGGGUCCUGCCGCCGCUGUUCGUCGAGUCGCUGGGCAAGCAGCGCAAGUAUACGGGAUCUCGCCUGCUAGACCUACUGCGGGCGAUGCGCAACAAGCGCAACCACUAUGAGGACAUGUCGCCUGCUCUACAACGGACCGUGGGUGCGCUUCCAGAUGGAUACUUGAGCUUUUGGACGACAAGGUUCCCCACGCUUCUGUUGGCAUGCUGGAACGUGGUGUACAAUGUAGGGUGGGAGGAAACGGACCGCUUUAGAGACUACUUUGAGCCGGCGGCUCUGUAG